AUGGAGGCGUGUGAAGCGUUACAGGUGGUACCUGCCUCUUACUUCCUGCGCCACAUGCAAAAUAGCGAGCUGUCCAUGAUGCAUCGUGGUCUGGGUCCUCAGGGCACCAAAGCACUGGCAGUUCCCCUGGUAACCAACACUUCAAUACUGAGGCUGAACCUGCGAGAUAAUUGGAUGGAAGGAAUGGGCGGAGCUGCUAUAGCCGAGAUGUUAAAAGAAAAUUGUUACAUUACAGAGGUGGACCUAUCCGACAACAAUCUUGGGGAUUAUGGGACCAGGGCCAUCGCUGGUAUGCUUAAGGAGAACAGCACCCUGGCGAGCCUCAAUCUGUCAGGAAACAAUUUCACGGACCGGUCGGCUGAACACCUCGGCCCAGCACUGAUAACCAACUCCAAGCUACAGCACCUCGACCUCAGCCACAACGCUCUGGGAGAGUGUGCAGGGCAAAGCCUGGGUGACUCUCUGUCAGAGAACACAGGGUUGAGAUCAAUAAGUCUGGCCUGGAACUGCAUUCGAGGGAGAGGAGCUGUGAUGUUGGCCAAUGGCCUUGGGGGAAACAUUUUCCUCAGAACAGUGGAUCUGUCUUUUAAUGGCUUUGGUAAAGAAGGAGCCAUUGCUUUAGGACAGGCUCUGAAAGAGAACACCGUUUUGGAGGAGUUGAAUGUCAGUAGCAACAGAAUACCCCCUGAAGGAGCUAUCCACCUAGCCAUGGGCAUCAAAGUAAACAAGACAAUCAAAUCCCUGAAUAUGGGUCGGAACCCCAUCCAAAAUGCUGGGUGCUAUGGGAUUCUCAAGUCUGUACAGGAAAACCCAGAUUCAGCCAUGGAGGAAUUAAUCUUUACGGACAUCACAGUGAACCAGGAUUUUGAAGAUUUGUACACGGCAGUGAAAGAAAUGUUCCCUGCGCUUACAGUAAAUCGUGGGGGCAGAGUUGGCGCAUUCAAAAAAGCAAAAGCUUGA